GGCUGGGCAGCAGGCAGAGGCACGUCAGGCAAGGCAGCGGGCACCGGGCCAUUAGGCGGAGCAGCGGGCACCGGGCCAUCAGGCAGAGCAGCGGGCACCGGGCCAUCAGGCAGAGCAGCGGGCACCGGGCCAUCAGGUGAGGUAGUAGGCACCAGGCCAUCAGGUGAGGUAGCAGGCACCAGGCCAUCAGGUGAGGCAGCAGGCACCGGCCCAUCAGACGAGGCAGCAGGCACCGGGCCAUCAGGCAGAACAGCAGGCACCGAGUCACCUGGCACGACAGCGGGCACCGAGUCAUCUGGCAUGACCGCGGGCACCGAGUCAUCUGGUACGACAGCGGGCACCGAGUCAUCUGGCACGACCGCGGGCACCGAGUCAUCUGGCACGACAGCGGGCACCGAGUCAUCUGGCACGACAGUGGGCACCAAGUCAUCUGGCACGACAGCGGGCACCGAG